AUGUAUGCUAUGGUCGAGCCGCCCAGCUCCGGACCGCCAAGCUCCGGACUGCCCACACGUGAUCCUGCCGAGAUGCAUAAAUCUUUGCAAUUUAACAGUUUCAGGGGGCAAAAGAAUGGUCCAGUUGCAAAACAUAAUCAGCAUAAUAGUUUGGAUUUCAACACUCAGGUUUAUUCGGCCAAGUAUUCAGGGGUCGAUGUCUACGAAUAUUUGCACCCAACGGGAUCCAUUAUGAAACGGAAAACUGAUAAUUGGGUAAACGCGACACAUAUCUUAAAGGCAGCUCAUUUGCCCAAGGCCAAGAGGACUAGGAUCUUGGAGCGUCAGAUUCUUAAUAAUAACCACCAUGAGAAAGUGCAAGGUGGGUUUGGGAAGUAUCAAGGAACCUGGAUCCCUUUGGAAGACGCAGUGGCUCUUGCUAGAGAGUUUGGUGUUUAUGAUGAGAUCCAGCCGUUGUUUGAGUUUGUUCAUUCUCCGAAUUCUCCUCCUCCUCCAAUGGCUCCAAAACAUAGACAUGCUCAUCAUAAUAGUGCUGGUAGUGCCAAUGUAAAUUCAAUUUCCACGCCGGCUUCCUUUACCAAUACAAAAGGUGGCACGACGAUCAUUGCAGAUUCACGGUUCAGCAAGAAAAUUAAGAGGCGGAAAUCCAUUGGCGGUAUUCAACGGAAACUUGGCUCUAGCAAAAAUCUAAGUCUUUCUAUUUCACCAACUUCUUCGGCACCAUCGUCGAAUGUUUCAUCACCUCCGAACACAAGAAGAAGGAAAAGUAGUGGUAAUGCAACAAUGAGUGUUUUCAAACCUGAUUCCAAACUUGCCAUGUCAAAGACUUCCCCAGUACAACCGCCUACUACACCGAUAUCUUCACCAAAGACAAUUUUCCCAGCAACUCCCUCAGAUAGUGCCCCCGCUACUGCUAAUCAAAAUUCAAAUUCGGCUGUUGCCAGAAAAUCAAGUAAUGUGUCGUUGACUUCACCUUUGAUACCUUUAAUCCCACGGUAUUCUAAUAAAUCGAAAUUAACAAUGAGAAGAAGAAGUAGUACGGGGUUACCGUUUUUAUCUACGUCUUCCUCCACGUCUAUGCUACCUUCAGGGGCUUCUUCCUUGCUUACAGAUAUUGGUAUUAAUGAUAAAGUUAACGAUUAUUUAUCAAAAUUAAUAGAUUUCUUUUUAACGACAAAUAACCUCGAUUCCAAAUUAUUGGAUAUCCCUGUGGAAUUAUUAUUACCCCCUUCAAACUCAUCUCCCUAUAUUGAUUCCCCCAUAGAUAACGAAUAUCAUACUGCAUUCCAUUGGGCAUGUGCCAUGGGUGUAUUACCCAUCAUUCAAGCUUUAUAUGAUAUAGGUGUCAAUAUUAGAGCCAUGAAUUACCUAGGUCAAACAGCUUUGAUCAAAUCGAUUCUAUUUCAGAAUUGUUAUCAAAAUAAAUCUUUCCCCAUUGUGUUUCAAUUGUUACAUGAGACUGUUUUCGAUUUGGAUAAUCAUUUACAAUCUUGUAUUCAUUAUUUAAUGAAAAAAACAUCGCGUUCCCAAUCGGCCAAAUAUUAUUUAGAUGUGAUUCUUUCCAAAUUGAACGAUAUUGAUCGUGAAAGACUUUUAAAUUUACAAGACUUUAAUGGUGAUACUGCAUUACAUAUUGCUAAUCGAAAUCAUGAUGAAAUUUUCAUUAGAAUCCUUUUAGAGAAUGGUGCUUUACAAGAUAGAAGGAAUAAACAAGGAUUAGCACCGAAUGAUCCGCCAAAAACCAUGACAAACAAACCUUCCAUAGCGGCCAAGACUUUAAUCGAUACGAUACCGAAUAUCGUCACGUCGUUGAACAAUCUUUCUCAUAAAUAUAAGGAUUACAUUAUGACAUCUGAUGAAAACAUCAAUGAAUUAAAUCAAUUGAUUAAAACUUUGAAAUUAAAGAUCGAGCAUUAUAGAUUCCAAACGAUGAAUAAUAUGGACAUUUCGAGUUCCGAUGGUAAAGAUAUCGAUGAUAUUUUGAAUUUAAAAGAACAUCAAUUGGAUGAAUUGAAAACGAAUCUAAUACAAAGAGAAAUUGAACUAAAAGAUAUAUUAAUAAGGCUUCAACAUGAAAGGAUUAUGCAGACUUUACGAGAGUGUGAUGGGUCGUCAUCUCGAAGUUCAAACGAUCAAGUUUUGAUUAAAAAAUUGGAUGCUAUGAAAAAAUUACAAUUUGUAACAAUUGAUAAAAUCCUAGCCUACAAGGUCCAAGGAGAAAAUAGUAAAUUGAUGAAGUAUCGAAGUAUCAUCAGUUCUGGAGCUCAAGUUCCUCUAAAUGAAGUCGAUUCAGUUUUGGAUCGCAUCUUAGCAGAAGCUCAAUAA